CUCAAAAACAAUCUGAUAUGUUUGGCAAAAACAUAUUCAAAUUAUCCUCGAAUGAAUUGAACAAUCUCUACCGCAAUUUAUCGGUUAUUAUGCAUAAUUUUAAAUAAAAUCGUCGCUUUCUCGUCAUGAGUGAGGAAAAGCUCGUAACGGAGGUGCCGAGCAGCCUCAAGCAAUUAGCUAGACUGGUCGUUCGGGGGUUCUAUUCCAUCGAUGACGCCCUAAUAGUGGACAUGCUAGUGAGGAACCCUUGCAUGAAAGAAGACGAUUUGUGUGAGCUCCUUAAAUUCGAAAAGAAGAUGCUGCGAGCCAGAAUAGCGACGCUAAAAAACGAUAAGUUCUUACAAGUUAGAUUACGAAUGGAGACCGGCUUGGACGGUAAAGCUCAGAAAGUUAAUUACUAUUUCAUAAACUAUAAAACCUUUGUCAAUGUAGUGAAAUAUAAGUUAGAUUUGAUGAGGAAGCGACUGGAGACUGAAGAACGCGACGCGACGAGCCGAGCGAGCUUUAAGUGUCCCGGUUGUUUAAAAACUUUUACAGACUUAGAAGCCGAUCAAUUGUUCGAUUUCACCACGGGGGAUUUUCACUGUACAUAUUGUCGAGAGGUUGUCGAGGAAGAUUCGUCAGCCUUACCUAAAAAAGAUUCUAGACUAUUAUUAGCCAAAUUCAACGAGCAACUGGAACCCCUGUACAUGCUACUGCGCGAAGUAGAAGGAAUAAAACUGGCUCCUGAAGUAUUAGAACCCGAGCCGGUGGAUAUUAGCACCAUAAGAGGUUUAGACAAGAAGUCCAACGCUGCUAUUCCUGGACAGGAAUGGUCUGGCGAAGCCACCAGAAGGACCGGAUUCGCCGUGGAAGAAACUCGAGUGGAUAUUACAAUAGGCGAAGAAAACGUUUCUACCGUUAGCAGAAAGGAACAACCAAUUUGGAUGACCGAAUCCACUAUUAUCACCAAUUUCGAUUCUCAAGAUGCUAAUAAAGUUACGGACAGCUCCAUCGAUACCAAUGAUGUACCUGGUGGCGGUAGUGCCAAGAACGACGAUAUCAUGUCAGUGCUGCUGGCGCACGAGAAGAAGCAAAGUAAUACAGCAGCAAAUGCCCUAAAAGCACUCAAUAACGAGUCCGAAUCCAGUUCGGACGAACUGAACGAGGUAAAUGAGGACGCAGACAAUAUUGAAGCGAUUGAAAGCGAAGAUGAUGAUAACGAUGAUGUACCUACUGUUGCCGUUGGUAACAAAACAUAUCCUAUAACAGAGAUUAACGAUGCUAUAGUCGCGGAAAUGACCCAAAGCGAGAAGGAGAUAUAUGUACAAGUCUUUCAGGAUUAUUACAGUCAUAUGAAUAUUUAAGUCUGGAUUAUACACGUAAACACGUACACGUUUUUUCUAAAGACUGAUGGGAUUUUUUCGGAAAUUGAAUCUUAGUUUCUAUCAACGUAAUUCAGAAUUUCUAAAUUUAUUUACAUACAUUUUAUUUUCCUGUUGGCGGUAUUUUUCCAUCUCUUUGAGAAAUUCCAAUUUAGACGUAGUACAUGAUUCUUAUUUCGUACUUUGUUAUAACAAUCUCAUGUGUUCUGUACAUGUUUUUCAUGUCUGUAUUUUUUAGUUUUAAAAAUACCUAUUAGUUUGUUAAAGAACUUCUUUCUAUUAAUAUCAGCAUAUUGAUUAGCUUUUUAUGUAUAAAAUACUUAACAGUUAUGUAAGACUAAAGAUUGUGAUUAAAGAUAAAAUGAAGCACUGUAUAUUUAAUACAUUCAUACUUCGUGUUUGCCGAAUAAGUACAUACCAGAAUUAACUUCGUAAAAACUAGGGAAGUGCUUAAAAUUGUACGUAACUUAAAUUUUAGGGUCAUUCUCUGUGUAAAAUCUUUUAUUUUAUGUUUUCUUAAUAAAAAGGUGGUAUUAAUUUUUA